AUGGAGGAAAAUCAAGCUUUUCUAAAAGUCGAUUUACACUAUAAUGGUACUUUUAUGCCUAAUCCAUUAGUGUAUUUUGCUCCAGAAUGCAAGCAUGUGUAUUACUGUAUACGUGAAGUGAGAUUGAGUGAGGGGCUCCAAACACUACAAAAUGAAUGUGACUACUCUGAGUUUCUUGAGGUUGCAAAUGCUAACAGACAUGUGGAUGUGUAUAUUGACCAUGAUAAUGAACCUAUAUUUGAGUGGAUUCAGAAAGAAGAACCAGACGAUGAAGAACUUGUGUAUUCAGAAGAAGAUGUCGACUCUGUUUUGGCAGAUGAUGAGAACUGUGAACAUGAAGAGGAUGAAUCUGUUACAUCAAGCAAAAGAAUCUUCAAAAGAACCUAUAAUGAUAAGUUUUUGAACAAGUUAUGUCCAGUAGUUGUUGCAGAUGAAGAUGAAGAAGGCAAUGAACUUCCAGCUGUCUACCCUAGGCAUGAUGCUACUCAGGAAUGGAGGAAGAUGAAGCCUGAACUAGGUAUGAGAUUCUCUUCUCCUGCUGAACUUAAGUAA